CUAGUGAUAGUAUAUCAUGCAAUGCAAAGUAGGUCACAUGAUACACGCGCUGCGUUCGGGGAGCGCGCUAGCUCUAUCCAGCUCUAUCACAUCAUCCAGCUCUAUCAUUUCUCUAUCAUCUUUAUUGCUCGUAAUUUAAGGAUAGAAUGAUGCGAUUAUUCUAAUAGCGCGCUCCCCGAAUUCAGCUAUGAAAAGCUCUUGAGCCUUAUCAGUAUCUUUUACAUUUCUAUCGUAGCAAGUUGCUAUUUUCGUCUUGCGCUAUUAAAUAAUAUUUGAUUUGUAACGAUUCUGUAAUACUUGGCAUCUUCUGGAUACAACAUGAAGUUAUACAGUAUUUCGGAUGGUCCACCAUCUAUCGCAUGUCUGCAAUUGUUGAAAGCUUUGGAUAUUAAGUACGAAUUGAUUGACAUGGAUUUUGGGAAAGGUGAACAUAUGACUAAAGAGUACGAAAAGCUAAAUCCACAAAAGGAAAUACCUACUCUUGUCGAUAAUGAUCUUAUAAUGGGUGAAAGUUAUAAUUUCAGUCAAAUAAUAUCACACAAUGCCAUUCUGCAAUAUUUAGCUGACCAGUAUGAUACGAGCGGUAAAUUGUAUCCAAAAGAACCGAAGUUGCGUGCGAUUGUCAAUCAUCGUCUAUGUUUCAAUCUAGCGUUUUAUUAUCGUAACAUUUGCGAAUAUACUUUGAUGCCGAUAUUCUUUGAUUAUGAACGUACGCCUUUGGGUCUGAAGAAAAUGAAAAUAGCGUUAGAUACCUUUAAUAGCUAUCUGCAACGCGAAAAUUCCGAAUAUGCAGCAGGCAAUACUUUAACGAUCGCCGAUUUUCCACUGAUAACCGCAACAAUGUGUCUAGAGGUUAUUGAUUUUAAAUUGGAUGCAUGGCCUUACGUGGCGAAAUGGUAUGACAAUUUCAAACAUAAGCAUCCCGAUCUCUGGGAAAUUGCGGCGGAAGGAAUGCGGAAGCUCGCUUACUUUGAGAAACAUCCGCCCGAUUUGUCUCAUAUGGAACAUCCAAUACAUCCAGUACGCAAAAGCGCGUGAAGGAUUUUCUGCAGCGAAACUGAAUUGUUUUAAACAGAUAUUUUAGACUUAUAGUUUUUUUCCAAGAAUGAAAAGAAUGGCCAUAAAAGGGAUUACAGUUACUAAACUAGAUUUAUUAUUGAUUUAUUAUACAAUCACAUUCGCUUCACAUUUUCCUCGUAUAUCAUUGUUAAACUAACAUCUCUAUUGCAUUAUAUUUUUAUAAAUAUUAUAAUUACAAUCGUCGUUUAAUUAACGUUUAUGUAAUUGACACUAUAUUAUACAAAUGAAUAAAUCUAUUGACUUAUCUUCCAA